GGAUUCGUUUCUCUAUCCCUCUCUCUCUCUGUCAACCUUUCUAUAUAAAACGCAAUAAAGAAGAAAACAAAUACCAUAAGUGGUAUAGUCUAUAGGCCGAUUCAUUUCACUAUCUCUCCUUUCUUUUCCUCUUCUCUUUAUCAAUUUGAAUCUCCGACUCACGUAAAGAGUUGUGAGAUCUCGACUUCUCAAUUAUGAUGGCAAGAAGAAACUAAAUAGAAACAACCAAAGUUUGAGCCAACAGUGUCUUGUCUUCUGUUGAAUAACAGGAGAAAAAAUGUCUUGCAAUAAUGGAAUGUCUUUUUUCCCUUCAAAUUUCAUGAUCCAAACCUCUUACGAAGACGAUCAUCCUCAUCAAGCUCCAUCUCUUGCACCUCUCCUUCCUUCUUGCUCUAUACCUCAGGAUCUACAUGGGUUUGCUUCGUUUCUAGGUAAGAGAUCUCCAAUAGAAGUGGGGAACAAUAUGAACGGAGAAGAGGAUUAUUCAGAUGAUGGGUCUCACAUGGGAGAGAAGAAGAGGAGACUGAACAUGGAGCAAGUGAAGACGUUGGAGAAGACUUUCGAGCUUGGAAACAAACUUGAACCAGAGAUGAAAAUGCAGUUGGCUCGUGCCUUGGGUUUACAGCCAAGACAGAUCGCGAUUUGGUUUCAGAACAGAAGAGCUCGCUGGAAAACAAAGCAGCUCGAGAAAGAUUAUGAUACGCUUAAACAGCAAGUCGAUGCCCUUAAAGCUGAUAAUGAGCUUCUUCAAACUCAUAAUCAGAAACUCCAAGCUGAGAUAAUGGGAUUAAAAAACAAAGAACAAAUAGAAUCAAUAAAUUUGAACAAAGAGACAGAAGGAUCUUGCAGUAACAGAAGCGAUAACAGUUCCGAUAAUCUCAGACUUGAUAUCUCGACCGCGCUGCCAUCAGUAGACAGCACAAUAACCGCCGGCCACCCACCAGCACCGCAGACAGUCGGUCGACACUUCUUCCCACCGUCACCAGCAGCCGCAACGACCACCACAACGACGAUGCAGUUCUUCCAAAACUCGUCGUCAGGACAAAGCAUGGUUAAAGAAGAAAACAGUAUCAGUAACAUGUUGUGUGCAAUGGAUGACCACUCUGGUUUCUGGCCAUGGCUUGAUCAGCAACAGUACAAUUGAAACUGAACGACCUGUUUUUCUUUUUCUUUUUUUUUUAAAUAAUAUAUACAUUUUUGUUUUUGUAUUGAAUUUUGUUCAAAAGAACCCAUGCAUGUUUCAAAAAAAAAUUGGAAUCUGUCAUCAGCUUA